GUCUCUGGUGUGGGAAGGUGACUGGAGGACAGAUAUUUUCAUGGCCUCGUUGAAAGAGAUGGACAAAGGCAACUCUGUGAAGCUUGUCCUGACUGUUAAUGGACAGCUGCUCCGAGGUGUCUCCAGCAGUACACCUGCCCGCCCCUUCCUCAUCCCAGAGACAACCCAGUCACCAGUGCUCCCAGCAGAUGACAUGCCCCUUGGCCAGGACUUGGAGGAUCCUACUGCGGUUCAGAAUCAAAGCUCAGAGGUGACUACUAGAACAUGCAGGCCUGGGAGGAAGGAUGUCCACCCACCAGUGAGGACCCUGGCAGUACCCUGUGCCCUGAAGCCACCAUCUGACAAGGUGGAAUCCAGUGAAGUCUGGAGGAAGAGUCCUGUCCACCCCAAGAAGCCCAGGAAAGUUUUAUUUGAACCCACAGCAUCUGAGAGAGAGCUUGACGAAGAAGAUCUGGCAGUGGAGGAGUUGCCAGGCAGUCCCAGCCCACGGUGGUGCCACGCCAUGUGCCUCAGUGACCCGGGGACAGCUGUUCUGAUCGGUGGACAAGGUGCUGAUCAGCAGUCCUGCAAGGAUACACUCUGGAAGCUGGAAAUUGACAGUGAUUUCUGGCUUCCAGUGGGUUUUGAGCUACAAAAUGCCACGCCAUUGUGCUUGCAUGGUCACACAGCUACCUACGACCCAGACACCAAGCGUAUCUAUGUCUUUGGAGGCAUAAGGGAGGACAAAGACUACAGCAGCAUCUAUAUUCUGGACACAGUCACCUGGAAAUGGCUCCUUGUGGAUGCUAAAGGAAGGAUACCAGUGCUCACCUACCACAGCGCAACUAUCUACCGCAAGGAGCUCUUUGUUUUCGGAGGGACUUUGCCCAGAAAGGCAUCGCUGACAGCUGGAACCUGCAGCAAUAUGCUCUACAUCUUCAAUCCAGAACAUGAAAUUUGGUACCAACCCAUCUCAGAAGGGGAGAAGCCUCUCCCUAGGCUUGGGCAUUCAGCUACUCUACUGAAGAAUAAGUUGCUGAUUUUUGGGGGUCGGAGGACUUCUCUCUACCUCAGUGACAUGCAUAUCCUUGAUCUGGGUUUCAUGGAGUACACACCAGUGCCCCUCCUUGCAGGACAGCCUUCUGCACGUUGUUUUCAUGCAGCUCUGGCUGUGUCGGACCAGAAGGUUCUGAUCAGUGGAGGCUGCAAUGCCAAGGGAGCCCUGCAGGAUGCUUUUGUCUUCCAUCUAGUGAUCCACCACGACCUGUGGUCUGUGCCCCGAGCUGGCCACACAUUGCUUGACCUGACUCCAGCCCAUGUGACGGAUGUGGACCAGGAGAACAAAGAGGAACAUAACCUGCACACGGUGUUGGUCUUUGGGGGCUCCAACUGUGCUGGGAUGUUUUACAACAGCACAGUCAAGAUCCAGCUGGACCUAGGAUAA